AUGUCUCCAAAACGCAGCGUGGUUGUCACUGAUGUCAACUCCCAAACCGGCGCACAAACACUUGCCCAACUUCGAGCAGAGUUCCCGUCCGCAGGGGUUUCGUUCGAAGUAUGCGACGUUUCGUAUUGGGAGAGUCAAGCAGCGGCCUUUGAGAAAAUCUUCACAGAGCAGGGUCGGAUUGAUAUCGUAUUUGCCAACGCUGGCAUUACGGAGAAGGGUAGUUUGCUGCCGCGUGAUGCUGCUAAGGAUGGACCCGUGAAGCCAAAUUUGGCUACUUUGAACGUGAACCUUGUUGGGGUUAUCUAUUCGGUGCAACUUGCCAUUCACUAUAUGUCUAGGAACUCAUCCGGAAAUGGCCAGGGUUCAAAGGGACUUAUCUGCUGCACUGCCUCGAAUGCGGGGUUAUAUCCCUUUCCUAUGGCGCCUAUGUAUGCAGCUACAAAGCAUGGUGUAAUUGGAUUGGUACGUUCGCUAGCUCGAAUAUUGAUUCCUGAGGGCAUUCGUAUUAAUGCCUUGGCUCCUGCCGUUAUUGAAACGAAUAUCGCACCCAGUUCGGAUUUGUUCAAGUCUAUGGUGCUUACGCCUAUGUCCACUGUAUCCAAAGCCGUGGCGCAGUUCGUGGAUGAUGAAUCCUUGACAGGGAAGGUCGCGGAGCUGCAUGGGGAGCAUGUUACUCUUGCAGAACCGCCGGCGUAUGUGGAUGAGGAUACUGGGAAGAACAUUGAGACGUUUUGGAAUCUUGGGUAUGCCUGA